AUGGCUGCUGCUGCAUCCACCAUGGCCAGCCAACUCCAGACCAGCCUUGCUUCUUCCUUGACCACUAAACUCGCCACCCCAAAGGGCAUCUCCGGUGCUCCCUUCAGAGUCUUGCCGUCUACUAGAAAGUCCUCCUUCACCAUCAAGGCCAUCCAAUCCGAAAAGCCCACUUACCAAGUCAUUCAGCCGUUGAACGGAGACCCCUUCAUCGGAAGUCUUGAGACUCCGAUUACAUCCAGCCCACUCAUCGCGUGGUACCUUUCCAACCUUCCGGCCUACCGGACGGCGGUGAGCCCUCUCCUGAGGGGAAUUGAGGUCGGAUUAGCCCACGGGUACCUCUUGGUUGGGCCGUUCGUGAUGACUGGCCCACUCAGGAACACCGACAUUAAAGGGCCGGCGGGUUCGCUUGCCGCUGCUGGGCUGGUGGUGAUCUUGAGCCUCUGCUUGACCAUCUAUGGAGUUUCGUCGUUCAAGGAAGGUGAGCCUUCAAUUGCUCCGUCGUUGACUUUGACCGGACGGAAGAAGCAGCCCGACCCGUUGCAGACCGCUGAAGGGUGGGCCAAGUUCACCGGCGGGUUCUUUUUCGGUGGCAUCUCCGGUGUCAUCUGGGCUUACUUCCUUCUUUAUGUACUUGACCUUCCUUACUACUUCAAGUAA